AUGACUCCGCCGCCACCCCAGCCGCCGCCCCCAGGCCCGAACCCCACUGCAGACUCCGCUGCCGACCCCCGUCCCGGGCCUGGACCCCUGGUCGUACUGUUCGGGGCCACGGCCGGUGCGCUGGGGCCGGACCUGGGUUCCGACGAGACCGACUUAAUCCUCCUAGUCUGGCAAGUGGUGGAGCCGCGGAGCCGCCAGGUGGGGACAUUGCAUAAGUCACUGGUUCGCGCCGAGGCGGCCGCGCUGAGCCCGCAGUGCCGCGAGGCGAGCGGCCUGAGCUCCGACAGCCUGGCGCGGGCCGAGCCGCUGGACAAAGUGCUGCAGCAGUUCUCACAGCUGGUGAGCGGGGAUGUGGCUCUGCUGGGCGGGGGCCCCUACAUGCUCUGCACUGAUGGGCAGCAACUGCUGCGACAGGUCCUGCACCCUGAGGCCUCCAGGAAGAACCUGGUGCUCCCCGACACCUUCUUCUCCUUCUACGACCUCCGCAGAGAGUUCCACAUGCAGCACCCGAGUGCCCGCUCUGCCAAGGACCUCACCGUGGCCACCAUGGCACAGGACUUGGGGCUCGAGACAGAUGCCACAGAGGAUGAUUUUGGGGUGUGGGAAGUGAAGACAAUGGUAGCCAUCCUCCUCCACCUGCUUGAAAGUCCCAGUGGUCAACUGUUUUUGAAGCCUGAAGUGGUGAAGCAGAAAUAUGAGACAGGGCCUUGCAGCAAGGCUGACGUGGUGGAUAGCGAGACUGUGGUUCGGGCUCGUGGGCUGCCCUGGCAGUCAUCAGACCAGGACGUGGCUCGAUUCUUCAAAGGGCUCAACAUUGCCAGGGGUGGUGUAGCACUGUGCCUCAACGCCCAGGGCCGCAGAAAUGGUGAGGCUCUCAUCCAUUUUGUGGACAGUGAACAGCGGGACCUAGCGCUGCAGAGACACAAGCACCACAUGGGCAUCCGCUAUAUCGAGGUGUAUAAGGCAACAGGAGAGGAGUUUGUGAAGAUCGCAGGGGGCACAUCGCUAGAGGUGGCGCGUUUCCUGUCACAGGAAGACCAAGUGAUCCUGCGUCUGCGGGGACUGCCCUUCUCUGCUGGGCCAGCAGACGUGCUAGGCUUUCUGGGGCCAGAGUGCCCCGUGACGGGGGGCGCUGAUGGGCUGCUCUUUGUGCGCCACCCUGAUGGCCGGCCCACGGGUGAUGCCUUUGCCCUCUUUGCCUGUGAGGAGCUGGCACAGGCUGCGUUACGCAGGCAUAAGGGCAUGCUGGGUAAGCGAUACAUUGAACUCUUCCGGAGCACUGCAGCUGAGGUGCAGCAGGUCCUGAACCGCUAUGCCUCCAGCCCACUCCUUCCCACCCUGACUGCUCCACUGCUGCCCAUCCCCUUCCCACUGGCAGCUGGGACCGGGAGAGACUGUGUCCGCCUGCGAGGCCUGCCCUACACAGCCUCCAUCGAAGACAUCCUCAGCUUUCUGGGCGAGGCGGCAGCUGACAUUCGGCCUCACGGUGUGCAUAUGGUGCUCAACCAGCAGGGCCGGCCAUCCGGGGAUGCCUUCAUCCAGAUGACAUCACCAGAGCGGGCCCUAGCUGCUGCUCAGCGCUGCCAUAAGAAAGCAAUGAAGGAACGCUAUGUGGAGGUGGUCCCCUGCUCCACAGAGGAGAUGAGCCGUGUCCUGAUGGGGGGCACCUUGGGCCGCAGUGGCAUGUCCCCUCCACCCUGCAAGCUGCCCUGCCUCUCACCACCCGCCUACGCCACCUUCCAGGCCACCCCGACCCUCAUUCCCACUGAGACAGCAGCUCUGUAUCCCUCUUCAGCACUACUCCCAGCUGCCAGGGUGCCUGCUGCUCCCACCCCGGUUGCCUACUACCCAGGGCCAGCCACUCAACUCUACAUGAACUACACAGCAUACUACCCCAGCCCUCCAGUUUCCCCCACCACUAUGGGCUACCUCACCACACCCACUGCAGCCCUGGCCUCUGCUCCCACCUCCGUGUUGUCCCAGCCAGGAGCCCUGGUCCGUAUGCAGGGUGUCCCAUACACAGCUGGUAUGAAGGAUCUGCUCAGCGUCUUCCAGGCCUACCAGCUAGCCCCUGAUGACUACACCAGCCUGAUGCCUGUUGGUGACCCAGCUCGCACUGUGCUACAGGCCCCCAAAGAAUGGGUGUGUUUGUAGGUGAGGGAGCCAGGAGGUAAGAGCUGACUGAUGUCCUCAGCUAAUGGGACUCUCCUGACUCCAGAGAACCAGCGCCCUCAACCUGGUGGCUUUUUUCUGGCUUUUCAAAAUUCUCAGAAGGCCCCCAGAGGAGAUCAAGCCUCAGCUCCCCCUACUUAUCGCUCUGCCUGUCCACCUCAGAGAUGAUGGCUGGACCCUGAAUGCAGGGCUGGGGGUGAAAUGGCGCUACCCUGCUCCCAGUGGUCGGAUCUGGGCUCCUUAAGUAGCACCCAGAGAGCCUUUGUUCUGUUCUGGAUAUGGCCCGUGCCUACAGAUUCUGGGGGGCUGAUGUCCACAGCAGGCUUGGUUUCUUUUUAAAAAAUGUAAGCCCUGGUGCUUUCAGUGUAUGACUCCAGGGAGCUUCUUUCUGAGUAAAGAUACCAGUGUCCUACCUUCCCCUGUCCCUCCUGACGGGGCGCAGGGCAGCAGAGUGUGCUGGUCCCACUCCCCAGGAUACUUGGACCUCAGUGACCACAUGGUGCCAGGGGUGGUCCCACCUAAGGAUGCUGGUCCCCCUGGAGCUUGGCACAAAGAGUAGCAGAUGGCAAAAACCACAAACUGUUUCGAUGGACUGUACUGCAGUAUCCCCAAAGGACACUAGGGGGCGGGAGGCCCCCACAGAAAAACUCAGGCUUGACUUGUAAAGGGACUUCUGCCUACUUUCCAUGCACACCUUGGGCAGGUCAGUUUUCCUGAACUCAGCAGACACCUUGGGAUGUCCUUUGCACCCACUGCAGGGUGCCCAACUGAGCUUCAGAAGGAAUUUGGAAUUCUACCCGCUCCUCUGUAAAAUAAACGUUCCUAACCAAAUGGACUUUUUAAAAGCCCAAGUGCCCUUCCCUUUGGCACACAGUGAGGGGCUCCACACCAGCCCCAUGCAGAGGAACACUCAGGCAGAUUUCAAGGAGACUGUUGACCUGUCACCAUUUAUUAUUUCAGCACUGUAACUGAGGAGCCUGAAUUGCUGGCUUCUUCCCUUUGUAUUUGUGUAAGGAGCACUGUACUCCUAUAAAAGGUUUUAAAAUACAAAAUGUACAAGAAAACACAAUCUCAAGUGCUGUAAACAUAACUGAGAACCAGUUCCUUAAUUGAACAUCAUCCAUUUUAUAAAAUACAAGGUUUCAACUUGAACCCACCGGAGCCAUACAGAUGACCAUCUGUUCUGAGUGUCAACAACAGGGCUUUCCAGCUGCACUCAGCAGAGCUCUCAUGACAGGGGCUAGCCCUGGGCCGGGGUGGGAUGCACCCUGGGCAGCAGCACCACACUCAAACUCCAAGACACCUGUUCCUUUAAAAGCUGUUUCAGCCAACUUUCUUUGUGUAUCUCCAGUAAGCAGAAGGCUGCUCAUCCCAUUCCUCAACCCAAGGUCUAGCAGGGUUGGAGGGGGGAGGGGUGGGUGCUAGCACAUGCCCAGUUGCUCAGUGCUGUUACUAGAAUUCAAUUUGCAUAGUCUAAUGGAUGUGUGCUGUAACACCACUAUGUUGCACAAAAAUUAAGGUCUUUGUCUACAAAGCCAAAAAAUACUGUCUCUUACACCAAAGCUUUUACAAAGCUGAUACAAAACUGCUUAUGUAGUAUACAAAGCUCUAUUUUAAAAUUGAACUUUUAUUUUAAAUAGGAAAGCAUUUCUAGUGCUACAGGCAUCAAGGUAUUUAAAAGGCAUCAAAUUUUGGUGCAUAGCAACUCUGGAUCAUAGAGGCUUUUAUUCUUGAGGGCAACAGAGCAACCCCCAAAGGGUCUUGCAAGGGAAGCUCUCGUAAGGACCCCAUGUGAGGUGGCUACACCAGGGGCAUGAGGGCGGAGGCAAGUCUGGCCAUCUCAAGAGGGUCAGCCCCCCAAAACCCUCCAGAGCAAGCUCUGGGCUUCCAACCACAGGCCCCAAAGCAAAUCUCACUAUCUACACUCUGUGACACAAAACUCACUUUCAAAGAAAAUGUGAAAACACUGGGCUCCAGGAAGGACUAGAGUGAUUUGCUGAAAGAUAGACAUUUUUUUCUAACUAAUUUUAGGGAGAAAUUGAAAACAUCAUGGCUUAAAGAAAAAAAAAAGACCAUACUUCCUCAUCCUAGGUCAACAGUUCUUAUCAGGCUGACUAGAGAUGGUGGACACUGAGCUGGCUCCCUCCAUCCAGGCCUCACUUGGCCUCAGUAGAGAGUCCUGGCAUCUGGGACCCACAAUCCCCUGGAGUAACAGCAUGGAGCCUUUGACGAGCCCACCACACUGUCUCUCCUAUGUAGGCACUCAGAAAAUUUGCUUCCUGAAUAGAAGUACAACAUUUCGUUUGAAAACGUACUACAAGCUUCAGGGGCCUUGAAAUAGGCCCAAGCCUUGGAACAGGAAACUAAUCCCACUAAGGGGAUGGGUAAGGGCAGGGUUUGAAAAGAGAACCCAAGUUGGGCACCUCCUUUGGUAGACAGCAGGCUGGAGUUUCUUGCUGGCCCCUCUUUGGGCACCAGCCUUACCAGCAGCAGCACCAGGGCAUCUUUGGUGUGGAGGGGCAGGCUUACAAUGGUAUCUCAUUUUUGGAUUUGCCUCAAAGCCUUUUAGGGAAAGGCUGCUUUUUAGGCCAUGUGGAUGGGGCAGGAUAGGCCAGGAUCAUUUCAGGCUGUAAACAAAGAGGGAAAAGCCUCCCACGCCAGUGCAGAUCUUAAGAGCUUCCCAUCUGGAAUCCUGCAGGUCCUCUGCCCCGGUCCUGAAGCAUAGCUCAUUUUUGCUUGGCUUCUGACACAGCCUGGCCUCUAGAGAUGAGCUAGAAGCAGCAAAGUUGCCUAAACAAACCAUCAAGAGACUAUGGUAGCCAAAUGCUGAUGCUUCCACUUGGAAAAGGUCUGGGACCAGAGGACACAAAAAUGAAAAAUACUCCACAGCCUACCUGUUAGUAGGAUGGCAGGAAUUAAAGAUAUCAAGCUAAAAAAACCCCGAUCUUUCAAAGCUCCCUUACAUGUAGUUAAUUUACCCAAGGCCCUGAGGGGAAAAAAGCAAUUUCAACAUGGAGAGGGUAUGGAGAGACAGCAGGAAGAUUACCUAAAAAGUUACAAAAAUGCUAUGCUCUGGAAUGUCAUUUUGUAUUCCAAUACUUCAGUGAUUGGAAUGGUCUCUUCUCAUUUUAUCUGAGAGUUUACUUUUAUAAAGAAGUAUGAGCUACAUUUGGCUUUACUUCCUAUAAAUCUAUGAAAGGCUUCCAGGACACAUGCUGAGUUUCUGAGGCAUAAGUGUGGGCUUGGGGUAAUUUUUUUUUUCUUUCACCUCUGGAAAGUUUUAUCAAAAGUUUCUACUUUAAAAAUACCAUCAAAGCUAAAGAGUCCUUCAAAUGACCUAAAACAGUACAAAUCACCAAUCCUAGCUAAGCAACCAGGUCACCUGCAGAAGCAGCACCUCUGAAAUGGAGAGCCUGCUGCAUUCACACUCAAAGCACCCAUCAUAUAAAAGUAUCCUAUUUAAAUAUAAAAAGCAAAGCUCAUUUCUCCAAAGAUCAAACAGCCUGUACUGCUCCUGUUCUCUUACAAAAUCUUCCCAAGGCCUGAAUUGGAGGAAUGCUGCUUUCCCCACAUACGGUGAUCCCAACUCCUGGCUCCAUCCUGAAGGUUGCAGAGUUGGAAACCCAAGGUCCAAGGAGAGAAACAUGCUGAGAAGUACAUGAUGGUGGACACAAGGCUGCAGUGAGCACUGUCAGAGCCCGUCGGAUCUUCCUAAAUCCAGGGAACUGGGACCCGGGAGGGGAGCCUGCCUGCUCACCCCUGUCCCUUGGGAAACGGAAAUCUGGGACAUGUCUCUCCCAAUUACCUCGUUCACUGAAAAACAAGAAAGGGAAGAGUAAUUAGUGACCUCUGUGUGACUGACCAUAUGAUGCCCGAAGCCGAGCUCUAUUUCAAAGAUGUUUUUUCCCUUUCUGUGGCUUUCUAAAAAAGUGAAGGCAGUGCUUGAAGCCUACUCUUGAACUGGAUGGAAACAUCAUUCCAGAAGUUGUUCCAGGCCCCCCUUUCUCUACCUUUCAGUUUUAUUGGGAAGCGGAAUGGCUCAGGGAAAGGGGAAACGUUCCUACCCUCACUGUGAAGGCUCAGGCUGCAGAGCAGAAGACAGGAUUCUUCUGAAAUAUAUUCACUUUAACCUAACUUUUCCUUAAUCUGCAUCCCUUUAGGAGAGUUUUCCUUUUCUGAUUCCUUCAGUGCACCUUGGAUAUAAAGUGAAUGAAAAUAAAUACUCUGAUGAGAGUUGA